AUGACCAAGCUUUUCACCCCCCUCCGCGUCGGACGCAUGGAGCUCCAAAACCGCAUCGCAAUGGCACCAAUGACCCGCUUCCGCGUUAGCGACGACCACGUUCCCCUCCCCCUCGUCAAGGAGCACUACGCCCAGCGUGCCUCCACACCAGGAACCCUCCUCAUCACUGAAGCAACCCUGAUCACCCCGCAAGCCGGCCUCUACGCCAACGUCCCCGGUAUCUGGAACGACGCCCAGAUCGCCGCCUGGAAGGAAGUCACCGACGCCGUCCACGCCAAGGGCUCCUACAUCUACAUGCAGCUGUGGGCCUUGGGCCGUGUCGGAAGCGCAGACCUCCUCAAGGCCUCUGGAUUCGAUCUCGUCUCUGCCAGUGAUAUUCCCGUGUCUAGCGAAGCGCCGAUCCCGCGCCCGCUGACUGAGGAGGAAAUCCAGUCUUAUAUUCAGGAUUACGCGCAGGCUGCGCGCAAUGCCGUCGCUGCGGGCUUUGACGGUGUCGAGAUCCACGGUGCGAACGGCUACCUGAUUGAUCAAUUCAUCCAAGACGUUACCAACAAGCGCACCGACCGCUGGGGUGGCAGCGUCGAGAACCGCGCGCGCUUCGCAAUCGAAAUCACUCGCGCCGUGUCCGAUGCUAUCGGCGCAGACCGUACAGCUAUCCGCUUCAGUCCCUACAGUACCUUCCAGGGAAUGAGGAUGGAGAACCCGCACCCGCAAUUCGAGUAUCUGGCGCGCGAGCUGGCCCCGCUGAAGCUGGCUUAUACCCACGUGGUUGAGGGCCGCAUUGCUGGUAAUGCUGAUACCGAGUCUGCGGAUGAACUGCAGUUCUUCCUGGAUGCUUACCAAGAUGCGGGUCCCGUUGUGAUUGCUGGUGGAUAUCAGCCUGCGUCGGCCAAGGAGGCUGUUGAUCAGAAGUAUAAGGAUCAUGAGGUUGUUAUUGGGUUUGGUCGGCCGUUUACCUCCAACCCGGACCUGCCGUUCCGUAUUAAGGAGAAUGUGCCUCUCGUGCCCCAUAGCCGUGAUGUGCUGUACCUGCCGAAGAACCCUAAGGGAUAUAACGACUGGGAGUUCAGUGCUGAGUAUAAGAAGACUGUUGAGGCCGCGGCUUGA